ACACUGAGAAAACCGCACUGCUAAGAUUAACUCGUUCCGUUCUCGAUCAGAUCGCCGCUGUUUUAGUACUGCUGGUGUCUAUCGGAUUCUUGGGCUGGGCCACCUAUCGCGGGAUUGUAGCGGUCGGGUGGGUCAGACCGCGGGCUGAGCCUACCUUCGAAGGCGUAGACUUUCUACGGUUACAAAACGAUAGUGAUUCCUACGAUGAAGACGAGGAUAUAUUUGACCAAAGAAACAGCCGGGCUGCUCUAGGUGAUGAGGAUUUCUACGAUCAAGAUCCCGAUGAUCAUGAGCUAGGAUUUUCCGAGGCGUAAACCUGAAUGAGAAAUGGCCACUUUGAGAAAGGCCGCUUUUGAUUGACGGGAAUAUCCCUGAUUUUUCGUGGAAUCCGAUUCCGUUGUAUAUAAAAUUUAGAUCGCCGACAGCCAUCAUAGAAACGUUACUGUAUUCGCCUAACAGAUACGGUGAGCAAUUAUACAGAACUUUAGUAAAUAUAUGUAUCGAUGAUUUCGUUCACAUGUGACGCGUCACUACGAGGGCGAUCGAAUCGAUUUGAUAAACAUGUGUA